CUCAUACAUAAAUAAAUCAGGUGCAACUCGAUUUACAUCUACUAUGUAAUUUCCAUUCCGAUUAACAAAUUACUUUUCAACUUUUCACCAUUUUACCUUUACCAAUACGCAUUACUUUUUUUUCUGCGUUUACCUGUUCACUGUUCGCUGUUCAGAUGUGCCGCUACGAAUGCCUCGGUUCCAUCAUUCUUUUAAUUCAGGAUAUCGGUGAUAAGAUCCGGUCUAAGAAGCCUCCACAUGUCUUACAAGGCUCGUCAGCUCCACAAUGCUCCAUGAGAUCCUGCUCUCCCUAUCGGGGCACCCCUCACCCCUUCUCAGGAAUGACUAUACCGAGUCCAGAGCACAGUCACAGUCCAUCCUAUCACCACCAGAGAGAGAAUUAUUGAGGAUCGCUGGCCAUCUAAGCGAUCUUCAUUGCAAACUUAUUACUUAUACUGCACAGAUCAGUGCUUCUCACCCUUCUGUCAUAUGCCGCGCCGUGUCAACUGCUAUCAAUUCUAUCUAUCUUGCCGCGUUUCAGAGGAAAGUGCUGGAAGUUGAAGAGAGCAUUCUUAGAAAAGAUGCUUCCCUCGUCGGUGCCUAUAACAUCGUGCCCUUGACCGCCGUUAUUGGUGAGUUUUCGGCCUGGACCCGCCGAAUGGAAUGGCUAUGGGAUUUGGUCCAAUUCAUGCUCAAGGAGGAUGAGCGCUCUCCUUGUCGAGCAGCCCAACUUAUUAACAGACUACGCGAUGAGCUUCAGACUGGCUACACUGAUAUUGGGAAGACCGCUCUUGGUCUCGUCAAAGUUGCUGAAACUGCUUGGUUGAAGCAAGUUUCUGCUUGGGUGCUGUACGGUACCAUACCUAUAUUGGGCGACGUCGAUUUCUUCAUUCAAAAGAAUGAACACGAUGAACUGGGGUAUUCGAUCAAUCAGCAGUUAUUGCCAUCAUUUGUAACACCAUCUGCAGCCACGUCCAUGCUUUUCAUCGGCACAUCAUUGAAUAGGGUGAAAACCAGAAGCAGUAUAGAGCUCAGCAGCAAUGGACUCGGCCACCUCUCAUCCCAACUCCAGACCAUCGCGGACUUGACGUCCCCCCUCAAUAGCGUUGCAUUUUCGAGGGCUAUCACAUCGAUCCGACUCACAUUAUCUCAGACAAUAUUACAGAAGCUACUACCACUAUCUAGGGUCCUUGAGAUGUUAGUUGUAUUUCGUGAUUUCUUUUUGCUUGGACGUGGAGAAUUUGCCAUGGUCCUUACGCAGCAAGCUGAUGAGGUAAUUCGCAACCGCUGGCGGCGUGCCGAUAACCUCGCUUAUGAGAAAAGGGUUGGGCUUAACAAUGUGACGGUGAAAGAAGGUGAAGUUGCUGCAGUUCUCACCAAGACAUGGGCUAUGCUAGGUUCAAUGCAAGGUCAGCAUGCAGAUGAAGAUGAAGGCCUCGAAAGGGCACGGGAUGUGUUGCGGCUGAAUCUGUCCAAGACCAAGGCUUCAACACCUAUGAAGGGCAAGACUGGUACGGAUCAUCAAGCAUCUACCGGUAUUGCCGACACUCCUUUCCAAAAUCUUCUUUUCUCCGUCCCUGUGGUCCUCACAUCGCAGAUCCCGUCACCCCUGGAUUUGUUUUUGACUAUAUCUGACAUCCAAAUCUACACUUCGAUUAAUUCUUACCUUCUGUCGAUCCGUCGCUCUCAUCUUCAUCUUACAGGUCUAUGGAAAAUAACGGCUUUGCGCCGGCAUCAUCCAGCUCCCCCUAGACCUCCAUAUAGCACUACUAGAAGCGGUGCUUCAAGAACACGCGUCCUUCGCGAACGUUCAUCUGUGCGCUCAUCCAUAAUGCGGAGUGCCUGGAGUACGAGCAGUGCCGCCAUCUUCUUCCUAGCUGAAACCGAAGCUUACCUCCAGGUUGAAGUAGUAGAAGGCCUCUGGGACGACUUCCAUGGCUGGCUGACGGGUAAGGAAAGACACGAACAGCACGAUAGACCAAGUUCAUCCUACAAUAAGCAUAUCAGUAAUAGCAAUGAUUCCCAUUCCCAGGGUAACGUUCAUAAUGCGAGCAAUUCCUCAGAGCUGGACCGGACAUCACAAGACUUAAGCCCUCCGCAUCACGAUCCUCAAUCCCUAGCCGUAGCCCACCGACUAUAUCUCCGAACUCUGAUCCGUCGCCUCCUCCUAACGCAGCCAUCCUUCACAGAUCCCCUAUACGAGCUUCUAGUGAACACCGACCACCUCGUUUCUCUUGUACAUCGCCUCCAUGGUGUCUGGGCAGCAGCAGACCUCGAAGCGGAUGAGGGUGUCGUGGACGCAUUCGCGGACUUAGUUGCCGAGGAAGCCGACGUGCUCACGCGUAUCCGCGAGGUCGAGGCUGGCGUUAAGGAUGGCGUGCGCGCUGUCAUCGCUGCCCUGAGAGCUCUGAGCACUGAUUCGGCGUUUAUGGCCGAGCUUGAGGACGGAGGACAAGAUGGAGAUGAGGAAAAUGAAGGGAUGGGCAUAGGCGAUAGCGUUUUAGACGAGAGCGGGACUGGCUAUAGGCCCAGGCGGACAGGCGGGAUCGAUAGACUGCUUAUGAAGCUGGAUUUCGGUGGAUGGUUUGACGCUGGUAUACCGAGAGGGGAGGAAGUUCUUGGAGAUGACGAGUUCUAAAUGUGAGAAGGCGGUUGAUUGUAGGUCAAGCUAUUCCGUUAAUCCAUAAGAAAACCAAUAACUACCUAGUUUAUUGUAAUUAUGCUUCAAAAUGAGCUACUUGGUUUAAUCACUGGUCCAGAAUGUCAACUUGAGCACCUAAAAAUAAGGAGCGCGUAGCUACAAUGUGUUAUCAAAAGUCUGUGUACUCCCCUAUUUUACACCAUAAAUCAUCACUUUCAACAGCUGCUUAAAUUUAACACGAAAUGGU